GAGGCUUUUAAGUUUUAUCCAAACAAACAACAGCAACAACAAAAAAAAAAGGACCCAAGGAUUUUUUUAUAUAAAAGUUGAAUCUAAAAUAAUUUUUGGAUCUUUGUGUUAUUAUAGUUGGAUCUUUGUGUUAAUUAUAUUAAUAUAAUAUUCUUUUUAAAGAGUGAGUAUUACUAUAUUACAGAUCGUUCCAGAGAUUUCAACUCUUAUAAAAUCCAAAAUUUUACAUGUCAAAAAAAAAAAACUUUUCUUUGAACUCCAAAUUCUAUAUACUACAAUUCAGCUAGGGUUUUCAAUAUUUAUAUACUCCAAUUGAUAGUCUAAUUAAUUGGAAGUGUAAGAGUACUAUUCGUGUGUUAGUAGAAAUUGUUGGAAUUGUGAAUUGUAAUUGCGCCGAUUGGAUUCGGUUAAUGUUUCGAAUGGAGAUUGACUCUCCGCCGGAGUCAUAUACCCCCACUCCUAUGGACCGAAUUCUUCAGAGGCUUGACAGUCUUGGAGUUCCUGCUGAGAAUUUGGAACAGCUACAGCCUGGUUUAGUUGCUUACGUGAAGAAUAAUAAAUCGCAGAUGGGAGAGUUAGUCUCUGCACUUCUUCCUACUAAUGAGGAGGCAAUGGAGGUUAUUACGGAACAGCAAAUAGAGUCUCCCAAAUCCACGGUCAGUUCAAGCGAUAAUGUUAAAGAUUUAUUCCAAGAAAGUAUGGAUUGGAUACAGUGGUUGAUGUUUGACGGUGAACCAAGUAGAGCUCUGGAGCAACUGGCAGAUACUGGUCAGCGUGGUGUUUGUGGAGCCGUUUGGGGUAACAAUGACAUUGCGUAUCGCUGUCGUACAUGUGAGCAUGAUCCCACAUGUGCAAUAUGUGUUCCAUGUUUCCAGAAUGGGAACCACAAGGACCACGAUUACUCUAUCAUUUAUACAGGUGGUGGUUGCUGUGAUUGUGGAGAUGUUACUGCUUGGAAACGUGAAGGGUUUUGUUCCAGGCACAAAGGUGCUGAGCAGAUUCAACCUCUUCCAGAGGAGUUUGCAAACUCAAUGGGGCCUGUACUGGAUUUAUUACUGUCUUGUUGGAGAAAAAAGCUUCUAUUUCCGGAAAGCAUCUCUGGGAAAAAUGCAAGAGGAAAUGAUCAUGCUGCUGAGCUCAAACAGGUUAUAGAUGAGUUAACAUCUGCAGUGGUGGAGAUGCUAUUGAAGUUCUGCAAGCACAGUGAAAGUUUGCUUAGUUUUAUCUCUAGGAGAGUAUCUUCAUCUGCAGGGUUACUAGAUAUUCUUGUGCGGGCAGAGAAGUUCAUGAUCUCUGAAGAAAAUGUUAAGAAGAUUCAUGAAUUACUGUUGAAAUUGUUGGGCGAACCUCAAUUUAAAUAUGAAUUUGCAAAAGUAUUUCUGAGCUAUUACCCAACUGUUGUGAACGAGGCAGUAAAGAAAGGCAAUGAUAGAGUUUUCAACAAUUAUCCACUGCUAUCAACAUUCUCAGUGCAGAUAUUUACGGUGCCUACUUUGACCCUACGUCUUGUGAAGGAAAUGAAUCUUCUGCCCAUGCUGUUGGGAUGUUUAGAGGACAUAUUUGUGUCUUGCGCUGGAGAAGAUGGUAAAUUGCAGGUCAUGAAAUGGGCAGAUUUGUAUGAAACAACUCUCCGUGUGGUUGAAGAUAUUCGAUUUGUCAUGAGUCAUUCUCUUGUACCUAGAUAUGUGACUCAUGAUCGGCGAGAUAUAUUGAGAACAUGGAUGAAACUAUUGGCUUUCGUGCAAGGAAUGAACCCACAAAAAAGAGAAACUGGCAUUCAUGUAGAAGAAGAGAAUGAGAAUAUGCAUUUGGCUUUUGUUUUGGGUCAUUGUGUUGCAAAUAUUCACUGUCUUUUGGUUGGUGGUGCUUUCUCUAUGAGUAAUACAGAAGAUGCUGAUGAUUCUUUCUUCAACACACACACAGAAAAUUUUGAAGACCAAGAUAGCCAAAGACAUGCAAAAGUUGGAAGGCUAUCACAGGAAAGUUCUGUAUGUAGUGUGGCUGGGAGGAGUCCAUUAGAACAUUCAUCCAAGGUUCCUGAAUUAAAAUAUGAUAGUUUUCCAGUAUCAUCAUCUGUUUUAUGUUUAACAUUCGAGUGUUUGAGGGCCAUUGAAAAUUGGCUGAUAGCCGAUAACACUUUGGGUCCUCUCCUUCACAUAUUAUGUCCGAAAAAAAGUUCCAGUCCUGUCAAUAAAUUCUCUGCAUUGAAAAGAACACUUUCAAAGAUUAGAAGAGGCAGAGAAAUUUUUAAACCUCAGAGUCCUCCUUCAAAUGACAUUAGACUCUCGACUUCUGCUGAAGGUUAUAAUGAAAAAUAUUCUUGUCCUUCCCUGAAUGGUAGUACUACCUUGGAUUCUGGCCAAGGUUCGGGCCAAGAAGCAGCUUGCCUUGGUGGGCAUGAUGACGGCAUGCUGGAAGGAGAUAAUGCAUCUGAAUUAGAUGCUCUGCGGUUGCUGAGUUUGUCUGAUUGGCCUGAUAUAGUAUAUAAAGUUAGUUUACAGGAUAUAUCUGUUCACAUUCCAUUGCAUCGAUUACUUUCACUUGUUUUACAGAGGGCACUAGGCAAAUGUUAUGGGGAGACUGCAGAACAAGGUGCUACUUCUGCUAAUUUGUCACCUUCUGUCCAUUAUGACUUUUUUGGUCAUAUUCUGGGAGGCUAUCACCCACAGGGUUUUUCUGCCUUCAUUAUGGAGCAUACUCUUCGGGUUAGGGUGUUUUGUGCUCAGGUUCAAGCUGGAAUGUGGCGUAGGAAUGGUGAUGCUGCUAUAUUAUCCUGCGAGUGUUAUCGUUCUGUCCGCUGGUCUGAGCAGUGUUUGGAACUUGACCUCUUUCUGCUGCAAUGCUGUGCUGCACUAGCUCCUGCUGAUUUAUAUAUUAGUAGAAUUUUAGAACGUUUUGAGCUAUCAAAUUACCUAUCCUUCAAUCUUGAACGUCCUAGUGAGUACGAACCAGCUUUAGUUCAAGAGAUGCUUACUCUUAUUAUUCAAAUAGUAAAAGAACGACGGUUUUGUGGGCUAACCUCGAGUGAAUGUCUGCGAAGAGAAUUAGUAUAUAGACUAUCAAUUAGUGAUGCCACUCAUAGUCAGCUGGUGAAGUCUCUUCCUCGUGACCUAGCCAAGAUCGAUAAAUUUCAGGAAAUUUUGGACAGAAUAGCAACAUAUUCAAAUCCAUCUGGCAUUAAUCAGGGUAUGUACAAACUGCGGUUGCCCCAUUGGAAGGAACUGGAUCUGUACCAUCCUCGUUGGAAUUCGAGGGACUUGCAAGUAGCUGAAGAAAGAUAUAUGCGUUUCUGUAAUGCAUCAGCAUUAACCACUCAGCUUCCGGGAUGGAGCAAGAUUUAUCCACCACUUGGUCAUAUAGCUGAAGUAGCUACCUGUAGUACAGUGUUCCAAAUUGUACGUGCUGUUGUAUCAUAUGCUGUGUUUUCUGAUGCAUCAAAUGCUUCGCAUGCUCCAGAUGGUGUUCUUUUAAGAGCACUGCAUUUGCUGUCACUAGCAUUGGAUAUUUGUCAUGCACAUAGGGAAUCUAGUGAACAUAGUUUCUAUAAGGGUGAUGCUAUUCCAAUUUUAGCACUGGCUUGUGAAGAAAUAUCAAUGGGUAAAUUUGGUGAUCAGAGCUUGCUGUCUCUUCUUGUUUUCUUAAUGAGAAAGCACAAGAAAGAAAAUUACGUUGUGGAAACUGGAAUGCUUAACCUCGUAUCUUUGGUUGAAAAUCUUCUGAAGAACUUUGCUGAACUACAACCUGAAUGCAUGAGAAAACUGCAAGACCUUGCUCCGGAUUUGGUCAAUCAAUUAUCUCGAUCCUUUCCAAGCGGUGAUACAAACAGCUUCAUAUCAGUUUCAGACAGUGAUAAGCAUAAGGCUAAAGCUCGAGAGAGACAAGCUGCUAUACUGGAGAAGAUGAGGGUCCAGCAAUCCAAGUUUUUAGCAAGUAUUGGUUCCACACAAGAUGUUGCUGCAGAUGAUUCUAAACAUGGCGAAGAGUUAUGCAAUUCAGAUGGUAGAAUUAGAUCUGAAGAUUCUACUCCUGUUAUAUGCUCUCUUUGCCAUGAUCCAAAUUCUAAAAGCCCGUUAUCUUACCUAAUUCUUCUUCAGAAAUCCAGGCUUCUCAGUUUCACCAACAGAGGUCCUCCUUCAUGGGAACAAACUCGCCGCCCUGGGAAAGAGCCCAUGUCUUGUGCCAAACAAGUUACUGACAUUUCAUCUGAAAGGAGCAAUCUCUCAAGAAGUUCAGAAACUAUUUCACCAUCUUGGUUAAUGCAAUUAAUCCAAAAUAAAGUAAAUGAGUUUGCUUUAGAAGGACAGCCUAAGGAAGUGGAAGCAUUUCUGGAAUAUAUCAAGGCAAAAUUCCCCUCAGUGAAGAACAUUCAACCUUCUUGCGCAUCAGUCACUGUAAAGAAAAAGACACCCUCUUCCUUCGAGAUGCUAGAAGAACACAUGUACUCGCUGAUUCGGGAUGAAGUGGAUGCUUAUUCAUGGGGCUGGGAUCUUUUAAAAAAUGAUAAGAAACUUUCAGCAUUGAGUAAUGAUGGGAGUGCUGAGUCACUUCUGCUCGGAAGAUACAUUUCUGCUCUUUCAAGAGAAUGUAGUCCUGCAUCAGUGAAUAGCCGCAAGGCACAAUUGGAGUCAAGUAUGCUGCUUCCAACAUACAAUGAAUUUAGUCCAUCAGAUUGUGAUGGAAUAUAUCUUUCAUCGUGUGGUCAUGCUGUGCAUCAGGGAUGUCUUGACCGCUAUUUAUCUUCGCUAACGGAAAGAUAUACCAGACGAAUUGUUUUUGAAGGGGGUCAUAUUGUAGAUCCAGAUCAGGGGGAGUUCCUCUGUCCUGUAUGCCGUGGACUUGCCAACUCAGUUUUGCCAGCAUUAUCUGCAGAUGCUAAAAGGUCUACACCAUCUGUUUCAACUGGUUCAUCAGAUGCUGUAGGCCUUCCGAUGCUUCGUUUUCAAGAAGCUUUAUUACUUCUGCAAAGCGCAGCUGAUGUUGCUGGAAGUAGAGAGAUUUUACAGAGUCUUCCAAUUCAGCAAUUCGGGCAGAUGAGCGUGAAUCUUGAAUCUGUGGUUCGGGUAUUAUGUGAAAUGUAUUUCCCGGACAAGGAUAAGAUUUCAGAAUCUGGUAGGCUUAGUCACUCUCUGAUUUUAUUUGACACACUCAAGUACUCACUUGUGUCGACCGAGAUUGCUGCUCGAUGUGAAAAAACUUCUUUAGCUCCAAACUACAGCCUUGAUGCCCUGUACAAAGAACUCAAAUCGUCAAACUGUUUUAUAUUAGCUUUAUUACUAAGUAUUGUGCAAAACACACGGACAAAGAACUUACUUACUGUCCUGUUGAGGCUAAGAGGAAUUCAGCUGUUUGCGGAGUCUAUAUGCUCAGGCAUUUCUGCAGAUGAGCCUCCAAACAGUCCUACUGUUAGAGGUAAUAUGCAAGACUUCUUGGAAUUUUCUGAGAUGGAAUUACAGUACCCUGAUAUUCAGUUCUGGAAACGAGCCUCUGAUCCACUUCUUGCACAUGAUGCCUUUUCAUCAUUAAUGUGGGUGUUAUAUUGCCUCCCGGUCCCAUUUCUAUCAUGCGAGGAAUCAUUCUUGUCUCUUGUUCAUCUUUUCUAUGUUGUCACUAUUAUUCAGACGGUAAUUACCUAUUGCAGGAAGCGGCAAACUAGUUUGACUGAGUCAGGAUGUAGUGAUUCUCUUGUUACUGACAUCUACAGAAUAAUGAAUGAAAAUGGAGUUGCUUACAAAUAUUUUGAUUCUAAUCAUAUGGAAACUCAUGAUGUCAAAGAUGCAAUUCGUAGCUUGAGUUUUCCUUAUUUAAGAAGAUGUGCAUUGUUGUGGAAAUUGGUUCGUUCUUCUAUAUCAGUACCAUUUAAUGACGGGAGUAACAUAUUAGAUGGAUUACCAUAUUCCAUGGGAGAAACAUCGGAAUGUGGGGAGAACAAAGCAGUUGAGUUCAAUGAGAUUGAAAAGCUGGAAAAGUUAUUUAAGAUUCCCCCACUUGAUGAUGUUAUUAGUAAUAACACAAUACGUUUUGUGGUUCCAAGAUGGUUGCGUCGAUUCUCCAAGCAGUUUGAAGCUCACAUACCAAAGGAUGUUAUGUAUUCUACCCCUGCUGUUCCAUUUAAACUGAUGCUUUUGCCUCAUCUUUACCAGGAUCUCCUGCAGAGGUAUAUUAAGCAACAUUGCCCAGACUGUGGUGUUCUUCUGGAGGACCCUGUGUUGUGCUUGUUGUGUGGUAGACUGUGUUCUCCGAAUUGGAAACCAUGCUGCAGAGAAAGUGGGUGCCAAACACAUGCAAUGGUAUGUGGAGCAGGUACUGGAGUGUUCUUGUUAAUCAGAAAAACCACAUUGUUGCUUCAAAGAUCCGCUCGUCACGCAUCGUGGCCUUCCCCAUACUUGGACGCAUUUGGUGAAGAGGAUACCGAAAUGCAACGUGGGAAGCCCUUGUACUUGAAUGAGGAACGCUAUGCAUCCUUAACUCAUAUGGUGGCUUCUCAUGGACUAGAUCGGAGUCCAAGGCUCAUCCGUUCUCCGAAUAUCGGCGCUUUUUUUAUGCUUUAGCUCGACUUUUUCAUAAGGUUUACUAAAGGUUAACUAGGCCCAUGGAAUUCGUCAAAGAUGAUAAAUAAAAAUUCAGUUGUACAGUCCCGAGUUUAGACUCAGACAGAGCAUGUUCAAUGUUCCGUAGUCUGCUACUAUCUAAUAUACAGAUUAUCAAGGUUAGUUUGUAAUUACUUUGUUCUAUUUUGAAAUUUUUUUGCUUCAAUAGUUCAGUGUUAAUAGAUCAGUUUCAUUAGCCUGUCUUGGCGGCAGGGUUAUCCAGACAGUUCCUUUGUAUGAUUGUUGGUGAUUAAUGUUUCUUAAAUUCCUUUGUUAAAUUAGCUACCAGUUUUAAAAAAAAUUCCUUUGUUUAUUCAACUUAAAUUUACUUUUCCUGAUAUUUCAGUUAACUCUGUGUAAGUGCCUGAGCUUGCUGUAAAAAUGUAAGAGGAAGUGUCCCAACACCAUCAUCAAUGAAGUGCCUAAGAUUUAAAAAAUGUUUUCCAACAAUUGAACUCCAGGCUCGGGACCAAAAUUCCAGAUGGAGCCUUAAAUUGAUCAAUGAGAUUUUACGAUAAACAAUGCAAUCUGGGGUAAUGACGGGCCUGGUGUUUGGACUUUCUGCAGAGAGGUCGUAGACAAACUUGGUUCUAAAUACAAGGAUAUUCGGCAUCUGCAUCUGCUAGUUAAAGUUGUACAUGAUUUUAGCAAGUACUAGUAUCUGAUAGUGUUUGGCAGGAUAUUCGGCAUUCGCAUCUUCUAGGUUAAAGUUUUACGUGAUUUUAGCAAGUACUGGUAUCAGGUAGUGUUUGGCAGGAUGCUUUUUUUUUGUGGUUUAGUUUGGUUAGAGUUUGUAUUCCAAAUUAAGUUAUAAGUGAUUAUCAACAAUGUCCCCGGUGUAAUCCAACAAGUAGGGUUUGGGGAGGGAUGUAUGCAGAUCUUACCCUUACCUUUGUAGGAUAGAGAGAUUGUUUCCAAUAGACCCUCGGCAGAUAAAAAGCGUGAGCAAAGCAGGAUAAAUAGGAAAUAAGCCAACACAAUAGCAAGAUAAGCAAAGCAAAGAAAGUAACAGGUAAAAUGAGGGAGGUUAUGAAUGAAUUAGGAGAGCUAGAGAGGAUAAAAGUAGGGAGAAAGUUGGAGGAGAGGAAGAAGGAGAGGAAAGAGGGGUUGGAAAGGGAACUAACUAGGUUGGCUUUGGCUCAAGAGGUUGGCCGGAGGAAAAAAUUGAGGGCAUUGUGGUUGGAGGAAGGGGACUCGAACACAAUCUUUUUAUAGGACAACAAUCUCAAAUAGAAGAAGGAACUUCAUUGAGUCGGUGGAGGUAUAUGGGGUGGUGCAUGUGGGGGAGGAGGAAGUUGAAGGGGAAGUUGUAGAGUAUUACAAUCGUUUAUUCAAAGAGGAAGCAAUUGGAGGCCUAAUUUGGGGGGUUUAGAGUUCAAUCACAUUGGUAAUCACAUUGGUGGGAGGAGUGUGGAUGGCUAGGAGAGGAGAUUGAGGAGGACGAAGUGAGGAAUGUAGUAGAAUGUUGUGAGGGCGAUAAAUCUCCAGGGCUUGAUGGUUUCUUUUUGGCUGUAUUUAAGCAUUGUUGGAGCAUGGUCAAAACUGAGGUGAUGGAUGCUAUUGCUGAGUUUCAGGAAAGGGGUGAUUUUGAAAAAAGUUUGAAUGCUUCGUUUAACCUCAUCAUCCCUAAGCGGGAGGAAGCCUCGAGCAUGAAAGACUAUAGGCCUAUUAGGCUAGUGGGAAGCAUCUAUAAGUUUAUCUUUAAGGUGCUUUCUAUUAGAGACUUAAGAAGGCGUUGGAUGAGACGGUAUCUACCUCGCAGAAUGCUUUUGUUGAGGGUAGACAAUUUUGGAUGCAGCUUUGGUGGCGAAUAAAGUGGUGGAUUCAAGGAGAAAGCAAGGUGUGCCAAGUGUACUAUGCAAACUAGAUCUUGAAAAGGCCUAUGAUUAUGUGAAUUGGAGUUUCCUAGGUACCAUUAUGCUACAAAUGGGAUUUGGGGAGAAAUGGAUUAAAUUUUGCAUCUCUUCAGUGAGAUAUUCCGUUUUGGUGAAUUACAAUCCUUGUGGUUUUUUUGAGAGCUCGAGGGGUUUGAGACAAAGGGAUCCUCUAUCUCCCAUGUUGUUCAUCUUAGUAAUGGAAGCGUUGAGCAUGAUGAUGGAUAAAGCUGUCAUGGGAGGAUUCAUAAAGGGUUUCAAUGCUGUAGUUGGGGGUGUUAGAACACUUUUGAUUUCUCAUUGGUUGUUUGCAAAUGAUACUUUGGUGUUUUGUGAUGCAAAUAGGAUCCAACUGGAUUAUUCAGGCCCUAUGAUACUUUGGUGUUUUGUGAUGCAAAUAGGAUCCAACUGGAUUAUUUAGGCCUUAGUCCUCACUUGGUUUCAAGUUGUGUCGGGCCUUAAAAUUAACUUGAGAAAGUGCGAGAUCAUUCCAGUAGGAGAGAUUGGCGACAUUAACUCUGGCCCAACUUUUGAAUUGCAGGGUUGGGGUCCUUCCUACUACAUAUCUUGGGUUACCGUUGGGUGCUUCGAACAAGAAUGUUACAAUGUGGAAUUCGGUUAUCCAAAGGGUUGAGAAAAGAUUAGCAGAGUGGCAGAGGAGAUAUUUGUCCAAAGGUGGAAAAGAGGUGCUCAUUAAGAGUACUCUUUCGAGCAUUCUUACUUAAUACAUUUCUUUGUUUAAUGCUCCAGCUUCACAGGAAAGUUGGAAAAGAUCCAAAGAGAUUUUCUUUGGGACGAGUCGGAUGGACGAAGAAGCUUCAUUUGGUGAAAUGGAAGACUGUCACUUCUCCCAAAAAAAUGGGAGGGCUGAGCAUUAAAGAUUUAAAGGUGUUUAACAAAGCUUUGUUGGGUAAGUGACUUUGGAGGUUUGGGGUGGAGGUGAAUGUUUUCGGGAGAGGGGUGAUAGUUGAUAAUUAUGGGGCUAUAGAAGGGGAAUGGAGAACUAGAGACAUUAAUAUGCCUUUUGGGUGUGGUUUGUGGAGGGAUAUCUUGAAGGGAUGGGAUGAUUUCAAAGUAAGCAUCUCAUUCAAGGUAGGAGAUGGGAAGAGAGUGAAAUUUUUGGGACAUAGGUGGUGUGGAGACAAUUUAUUGAAAGAUGACUUCCCGAGCCUUCACAAAAUUUCUUGCCAAAGAGACUUGACUAUACAACAAAUUAGGGGGACACAAGAGGGAGAGACCUUUUAGGACCUGAGAUUAGGAGGGACUUUCAUGACUGGGAAGGCGAAUAAGUUCCAAAGAUUGUUGGACUUACUCCAUAAACAAGUCAUGACAGUAGAUAAUUCUGAUGCUUUAUGGUGGGAGGCAGGGAAUAAUGUCAUGUUUUCAAUCAAGUCAAGUCUUAUUAUGGAAAACUUCUAGUUAGAGAGGUAGAUGUUUUUCCAUGUAAUAUUGUUUGUAUUCCUAAGGCAUCGAGGAAGGUGUGUUUAUUCGUUAGGCCAACCACUCAUGGACGGCAGAAAACCUUUGAAAUCUAAAGGUUGGUUGCAUCAGUUGGUGUUAUAUGUGCAAGAAAACGGGUGAGGAUGUGGAUCAUCUUCUUCUUCAUUGUAUUCUACCACGAGGUUAUGGUGGUAUAUGCUUAGGUGGUUUGAUACUUCAUGGGCAAUGCCAAGAGCUUUGAAAGAAUUGAUGAUUAGUUAGAAGAGCGGGAGGAGAAGACGUAAGGCUUGGAACGUGGUUCUACUCACGUUGAUGUGGGUGGUGUGGAGGUAAAGAAAUAUGAGAGCUUUAGAGGGGGCAAAAUCGAGCUUUUCUCAUGUGAGGAGUAGCCUCCGGUCCGUUGUUUUCUUUUGAUGCACCCAUAGAAUUCCAACUUGUAUAGGAGAUUGGGUGGAGUUUGUAGAGAAUCAUUUAUUAUUGUAGAUUCUUUAUACGGCCAAUUAUAUGGCCAUGUUUAUGAAUGAAAGUACGAUUACUUGAUAAAAACAACAACAGGUAGUUAUACAAUGGAAGAAUAAGAUACGGUAAAAGUACUAAGAGGAAAAUGAGAAAAGGAGACUAGUUCUCUGCCUACCACAACACACAACUAGCUGCUACUCUUCUACUCUAAUCUUCGACUUCUGAACCUUCCUAUCUAGGGUCAUAUCCUCAGUAAGUUGAAGAUGUGUCAUGUUAUGUCUAAUAUCCUCCAGUUCUUCUGGCCUGCCUCUAGUUUUGCGUACAACUUGCUAUAGUCACACCUCUCACUGAUGCCUCCCUGCACCUGUUCACAUGCCUGAACCACUCCAGCCUCACUUUCCUGAUCUUUUUUGAUAUGGAGACCACCCCACUUUGUCGGGUUUAACUUUGUUUCUAAUCUUGCCUCUCCUAGAAUGCCCGCUCUUCCAUUUGAGAAUCUCAUCUCUACUAUCUUCAUCUUCUAAACGUGUGCACUCUGACGGGCCAGUACUCUGCCCUAUACAAUAGUGUAGGUCUAACCAUCACUCUGUAAAACUUAUCUUUAAACCUUGCUAACACAUUUUUGUCAUACAGUAUCCGGGCUGCAAACCUCCAUUUCGCUCACCCCCCUCCAGUACGAUGAGCGAAUCAUCAUGAAUUUCCCCGUUUCAUUGGGUUAUAGACCAAGAUACUUGAGACUUCCUCAUUUGGUUAUGACUUAUGUAUCUAUCUUCACUUCCACCCCCACUUCAUGUGUUAUGCAACUGAACUUGCACUUCAGGUACUCAAUCCUACCCCGUCUUAACCUGAAACUUUUAGAUUCUAGGGCUUGUCAUUGUUCUUGGACUUCUCGAAGGUAUCAUCUUUGUAAGGACACAUUUUUAAUAAAGGGAUUUGAAGGACAGUUGGUUGGUAAAAGAACUGAAUAGCAGAUCGUCUGAGGUUUUCAAAUGAUGACCAAAAGUUGCGAAAAUCUAUACAAAUAACUUUGUCCCUGUGUUGUUUUUUCUGAUCCACGUGCUGGGAGGAAGGGAGAGGGAAGCUUUCUAUCAAAUUUGCAAAAUUCAUUUUCGAAAUCUUUAGCAAUCCAAAGCCCUAAUGGGAGAAUUGACUUGUGGAAUCUGAUAUGACUAGACUAUGCUGCAUCAGCGCCUCUUCAUGUCCUCCCUCCUUUGCUAAAGCGAUGCUAAAAAUUUGUAUUGCGGGAAUAUUUUAUUCUUCCAGUCCCCCAAACUAACCCCUGCUAAGCCAAAAGAAUUCUAGCUUGAAGUUCUGUCAACUUUUACUAAUAUUUAAUCAUCUUUAUAGUUGAGCUAGACAAGUCUCCUUAAAUUUGAACUUCUUUUGAUUUGCAUAUGUUUUUUGAACUUUUUUUGGUUUGCAGUUGUUGGUUUCCAUGGUAGUCCGAAUAAACACUCAUACUUCUCCGUUUAAUCCCUAUGCUCCAAAAUCAUUAUCCAAUUUUGCUACGUGAGAGUUAAAAGAGAACUGAAAUUCUUUAAUAUACUUAUUAAGCAUUUUAAAAUGUAGUCGGUUGCAACUUGUAUUAUUUUUCAUAUAGUUUAUCCAUAUUUUUGAGUUUUAUUUUCAAAAACAAAACAAUGGUUGAUUUUAUCAUUGUAAAGCAAAAAAUAAGUUUAUUGGGAUGGAGGCAGCUAAUGUGGUUUCACUACUAAUUAAGUUAAUGACAACCUAUAAGAACAGAGUGUAUUUGCUUUAAGAAAAAAGUAAAAGAAUAUUAAAUACAAUUCACUAAAAUAAGUUGGUAUUAAUAAGACUAGGUCGUGAAUGUGCCCAGUGCACUAAAGCUCCCGCUAUGCAUGGGAUCUAGUAGAGGGCCAGGCCACAAGGGUUUACUGAACUCAACCUUACCCUGCAUUUAUGCAAGAGGCUGUUCAUGGCUUGAACCGUGACCUCUUUGCUCACAGGACAACUACUUCUCCAGUUACUUCAAUGUGCAAAAACAGAAAA